GCUGUCGAUCUCUGAGGAAGGUCACGGUCCUGUAAGUGGAAACGUUGUGUAACACCAAGCCUGUUUCAUUGAGCUGCAGAUCAUGGAAUUUCCGAGCAGUGAUGAAGGAGACCGACUCUGGGAUUUGACAUUUUGAAAAUAAAUUACAUCAUGGAUAUAUUUUCAACUUUACAAACCGUCCGAUUUUAAUUUCAAUGACUUCAGUGGACGGGAUGUAAGACAGGCCGCAAUCGACUACAAGCUGCUGAAAAAGAAAUGGCAUUUCGAAAGAUUGUUGGAGGAACAAUUUUUCUCGGGGGUGGUACCCUGACAAUUUUAGGUGUCUCCCAGAUAACAGACUGUUGGCCAUAUCAGGCUCGCCUUUCUUGUGUUCAAGCAUCAGAACAGUUGAAUGGAAAAUAUAUUGAACGUCAACUACCGUCAAGAGAUUCUCAACUGAACACCUUAAAGACAGUGAAGGAAUUUGAUAUCCUUGUUAUUGGGGGAGGGGCAACCGGAUCUGGAUGUGCCCUAGAUGCUGUUACUCGGGGUCUCAAAACUGCACUAAUAGAGAGAGGGGACUUCUCUUCUGGGACCAGUAGCAAAAGCACCAAGCUUAUUCAUGGAGGAGUGCGAUACCUACAGAAAGCAUUCAUGAAUUUAGAUUUUGAACAGUAUAAACUCGUGAAAGAAGCACUCAUGGAACGUGCUAACUUACUUGAGAUUGCCCCACAUAUUGCAAAACAGUUACCAAUCAUGAUCCCUCUUUACAGGUGGUGGCAACUUCCUUAUUACUGGGCUGGGAUAAAGAUGUAUGAUUUUAUGGCUGGAAGUCAGUGUUUGGCAAACAGUUAUGUCCUUACCAAGUCAAGCGCUCUGGAACUUUUCCCCAUGCUGAGAAAAGAUAAGCUUAUAGGAGCUAUUGUUUACUAUGAUGGACAACACAACGAUGCACGAAUGAACCUUACUAUCGCUCUGACUGCUGCCAGGUACGGUGCUGCCAUUGCCAAUUACGUUGAAGCUGUGAGUCUACUGAAAACCAGAGACCCAGACACCAAUAAAGAAUACAUAUGUGGAGCUAGGUGCAGGGAUAUUGAGACAGGAGAACUUUUUGACGUGAAAGCGAAGUGUGUUAUCAAUGCUACAGGACCUUUCACAGAUUCAUUGCGUCAAAUGGAUGAUGAGAACGUGGAAAAAAUUUGUCAGCCUAGUUCUGGUGUGCACAUUGUCCUGCCUGGUUAUUAUAGCCCUGAAGCCAUGGGACUGCUUGACCCAGCAACUAGUGAUGGCAGAGUUAUAUUUUUCUUACCGUGGGAGAAAGUGGUCAUUGCAGGAACCACUGACACUCCAACAGAGGUUACAUCUAAGCCCAAACCCCAUGAGGAGGAGAUUAAUUUUAUUCUCAAGGAAAUACGGAAUUAUCUGAACUCCGACGUUGAAGUAAGAAGAGGAGAUGUACUUGCAGCCUGGAGUGGCAUUCGGCCACUGGUAUCUGAUCCCAACUCAAAGGAUACCCAGUCUAUCUCUCGCAGUCAUGUUGUGACAGUAACUGAAAGCAGACUAGUGACUAUUGCAGGUGGCAAAUGGACCACUUAUCGUAAAAUGGCAGAAGACACUAUCGAUGCUGCUGUCAAAGCUUGUAACCUGGAUUUUGCAGAACCAUGCAAGACAGUUGGACUUCUACUAGAAGGAUCCCAUAAGUGGACUCCUACACUUUACAUUACUUUGGUACAAUACUAUGGUCUGGGGUCUGAGGUUGCUCAACACCUUUCUUCUACUUAUGGGGACAAAGCUUUUCAGGUUGCUAGAUUGGCUCAAGUUACUGGAAAGAGGUGGCCUGUAGUUGGCAAACGUUUGGUGGCUGAGUUCCCAUAUAUUGAAGCAGAGGUGAAAUAUGCUGUGAAAGAGUAUGCAUGUACAGCUAUUGAUAUCCUCGCUCGCCGUACUCGUCUUGCAUUUGUGAAUGUGCAGGCUGCUGAAGAGGCCCUUCCACGCAUUGUAGAAAUAAUGGCUGGAGAAUUGAACUGGAGUGAGAAGCGGAUGCAGGAUGAAUUGGCGGCUGUUCAAGACUUUCUGUACCAUGAAAUGGGUUACAAGGCUCGAUUUGACCAACUGAAAAACACAGAAGUAACCCUGUCACCUUCAGAAGUGGAUAAGUACACAAAGAGGUUUCAGAAAUUUGAUGAGGAUCAGAAGGGUUUUAUCACAAUGCUUGAUGUUCAACGUGUAUUAGAGAGUGUUGGUUAUCGGGUGCAUGAACAGACUCUCUAUGAAAUCUUACACGAAGUUGACAUAAAUAAGAAUGGGCAGGUAGAACUAAUUGAAUUCUUGCAGUUGAUGAGUGCAAUCCAGGAUGGUGCAAUAUCUGGAAGCCGAUUGGCUUUUUUGAUGAAAUCUGCGGAAGAGAAUCUGAUUAGUGAAGAUCCUAUUCCUGUGCACCGCAGUGGAGGGGGCUUGUGAGUCUUGCUCCUCAACUUGGCUAAAGGUGAAAGCAAGAGUUUCUGUUGCUGAUGCCACUGCUAGCUCAAAGCUUGUUGCAGGACUUUGCAAUGUUUGGGCUUUACUCCUGUUGAACUUACAAGGUGCAUGAAAUUCUGUGACUUCUGUCUCAAGAUCUUUUCUUUUGGCCAUUGUAUUUCACAGCAAUCUGAUUAUUGCAUUGUAUUAGUAAAUUAUUCAAAUAUAACAGAUCUUUAUAUUUGGUCUAAAUUUUGAUAAACUGUAAAAUCUUUUAUAUUUCAACAAAUGAGUUAAUGCAGUAUGGAAUAAUGGAUCAUUCUGCAACAUUUAUCCUCCAUCCUGGUUGGGAAAAGGGAGAGUAUAUGUCUGUGCCAAGGUGAUAAUUGUAAAGUAACUUAAAAAUGUCUUAAAAAUGUUAUGUUUGAUGGGCAUUCUCUCUGGUAAAUAACUUCUCUCUAUUAUGCUCCUGAAAGAUGUAGUUUUAGUAUAGUAUAAUCCAUUUGAACUGUCCUUUUCAACUGCUUGUUUUUUGCACAAACCUGAUAACCCAAUGGCUUCAAGUAUUUCAUUUUGUAAUCAACAGUUUUCUCAUGCCUUGAUGGGGUUUAUCAAAGAAAACCGUACUUAUGUUAUUCAUAUGUCCCACCUCCAAAUCUUCAAUUAUUUCUUUCAUACACAUUGAUUAGAAUUAAUGCAAGUAUAAUGUUUAAUGGUAGGUUUAUUUGGAGUCACUGAUUUUUCUGGCUAUAUGGGCUAGAUUUUCAUCAUAGGUUUCAGAAUCACGAGCUCAGCCAUUUGCUGAUAUUGUGUUCCUGACAUCUAAGAGAAUGUGCUCGCGUCUAUUAUUUUCACCCUGUGGAGUUAGGGUUUGAGGACUGGAGUCAGGGCCACUGCAUCCCUUAGCAGUCCUAGGGUAAGAACAAACCAGCAUGAUCAAAGGCCAUCUUCAUUCACUGAACAUUAACCCAAUCUAUGGAUAUCCAUUAGGCCUGAUAGCCUUCGUUCACCAACGCACCCCCAAACCAACCGCCCAUGCACUCUCCACAUUUCUUUAUAUGUCCCAUAUCUCUUCCAUACACUCAUAUCCCCUCCAAACUCCUCAUGACCCACCAUACUCUGUCAUAUCUCUUGUGCCCCCUUCAUGUUCCCACUUUUUCUACUAUUGACACAACUGAUGAGCCUUCUAAUAACACUGGAAAGUCUUUAAAACGAUCAUGAAAUUUGAAAGAAAAUCCAUUCAAACUGUAUUUGAAGACUUACUUAUCUUAGAAAUUCAGAACAGGAACUAUAAUUUGGAAGUAUUCUCUACUCUAAAAUGCUCAUAAAUCUGUCAGGAUAAACACUUUUGAAAGCUUGUUUGUUUAUCUUUUUAUUUUCUUAUCUAAAAGAAGUCCCAAGCACUCUUCACAGCUGUGUAAACAACUCCUGCUGACCUAAAUCUAUUUGCUAUGGAUUUGAGCUUAGCCAUGCAUUCAUAAUAAAAUUCUAUUGGGCAACUGAAUAAACAAAAAUUCCACAGCUCAAUACAGUUGGUUCUUUGUAGUCAACCGACCAGAUGGUCAGUGAUUUACUCAUUUUUUUGAAAGGAUAAUGUUUCCACCAAAGAAAUUUGUUCACCAAUUACAAAGACUCAACAAAUGUCUCAGCUUUAAAUCAAUGUAAAUAUCAAAGCACAUUGUCCAGAUGACACAAUAAAAUCGAUUUCCAAAACUUUUGAACGUAGAAGGGCAUUUUAACUACUGGGUAAUGUACUUGAAAGCAUCUGAAUGCUGAUCAAUUUAAUGGUCACAUCUCUUCUAAAGAUACAGUUCUAGGAAAAAAAAAACACUGCAUUAAAAAAUAUAAUAAAUUUCAUACACCAUUGCAUCAUUGUGUUUGAAGUUGUCGAGGGCUGUUAAACUAAUUGUCAAAAGGUUUCCAACUUCAUUACAGGCUUCCCCAAGACUCACAACCUGACUGAUCUGAUAUGUUUAACAAAGGCUUCAAAAUCCUACCCACCUCACUGAAGAUAUAAUCUCUAGGAAAUUCUCAUUUCAGCAGACAUUUAAAAGGUUGAUGCUGACAUCACUCUGAGUGAGUGUUGGGUUGUCACUUGCCACAUGUCCAGCACUGAUCAAAAUGGGAGUAGACAGGACUUGGGUGAAAAAUACAAUUUUAUCUGCCCAAUGUGGGUUUUCCCAGAUUGGCAAAAUCCAAAACUGGAUUGUAAGCCACUGCUUUUAUGUCACAACAACUUAUUGAAGGAGAGGUUUGUCCUGUCAUUCAGGCAGCUUUUGCAGACAAAGAAAACCUAAUUUUAUGGCAUAGCUUUCUGUGCCUUAGGAGAAAUGGAAA